AUCUGAAGGAAUCACAAAAUUGUAUCACCCCUUGGUUCAGUCGCGAGUGCGCCAAUUUUUUAGCAGAAGUGAAAAAAAUCUUGAAAAAAGUUUUUCCACGUGAAAAAUUACUUUUCCCCCGACAGAUUUCUCCGGAAAAUACGCAGAAUGGGUGACGAAUGGGAUGAUGGGUGUGAUGCUGGUGUGGAGUUUAACAAUGACAAGAAGAGCUAUUCAUCGUAUGACAAGGGCUAUGGGAAUGGGUAUGGGAAUGAUUCCAGCGGAGGAGGAUCUCGUGGAGGUGGAGGAGGAGGAUACGGGGGAGGUGGCCGUUCAGGAGGAGGAGGCGGCGGCGGCUCAGGAGGACGUCAACCACGUGCAGGAGAUUGGACGUGCUCUGAGUGUGGAAAGAGCAAUUUUGCCUCACGCAGUGAAUGUUUUGGCUGCCACAAGAUGAAGGAUGAUUCAGACGCUGUGGCCAGUGGUGACGGUGAUGGGGGGAUGUCCAAUGGAACAGGAGGUAGGAGGGAAUUUGGCCCAGAUGAUUGGAAGUGCAGCGGAUGCGGGAAAACAAACUUUGCAUCCCGCAGGGAAUGUUUCAGCUGCAAGGAGCCAAAGAGUGGUGGAGGUGACAAUGAUGGUGGUGGAAGCACAGCCAGGAGGACCUUUGGGGCUGAUGAUUGGAAGUGCACCGGAUGUGGGAAGACGAACUUUGCUUCACGCCGAGAAUGCUUCAGCUGCAAGGAGCCCAAGAGCGGUGACAAUGGUGGGGGGGAUUCGUACCCAUCGGAGAAACCACGUGCUGGAUCACGUCCGGGUGAUUGGACAUGCCCUGCGUGUGACAAGGCGAAUUUUGCCUCGAGAACAUCGUGUUUUGGGUGCAGCGAAGAGAAACCCGCGCAUUUGGUGUCGGAUGAUGUGAAUCAGGAGAAACCACGAGAGUUCUACAUUCCUCCGGAGCUGCCGACGGAUGAAACGGAGAUUUUCAGCUCAAAAAUCGAUCAGGGUGUUAAUUUUGGGAAUUUCCAGAAGAUCCCGGUUAAUGUUUCCGGAGAGAAUGUUCCACCACCAAUAACGGAUUUCAAAUCAUCCGGACUCCGGGAGUUUUUGCUGACAAAUGUUGAAAAGUCCGGCUACACAGUCCCCACGCCGAUUCAGAAGUACUCAAUUCCCGUCAUAAUGAAUGGACGUGAUCUCAUGGGAUGCGCUCAAACGGGCUCAGGGAAGACAGCAGCCUUCCUCCUGCCGAUCAUUAAUGCUUUGCUCACGGAAAAUCGGGAAGUGGCUGUUGGACAACCCCAUGUGCUCAUUAUUACGCCCACAAGGGAGCUUUGUAUCCAGAUCACAGAGCAGGCACACAAAUUUGCCCACAAAUCCUACAUUAAGGUGCACAAGAUUUACGGAGGAACAGCCACAAGGUACCAAGGAGAUGCCCUUAAGGGUGGCACAAAUAUCCUCGUGGCAACACCCGGACGUCUUCUGGAUUUUAUGAAUAGGAGCUACAUCAGCUUCAAGGAUAUUCGCUUUGUGGUUCUCGAUGAGGCAGAUCGAAUGCUCGAUAUGGGCUUCAUUGGGGACAUUGAGAAGAUGAUGGCGGAGAUGCCAGAAGAGAGGCAGACUCUCAUGUACUCCGCCACUUUCCCCGAAGAGAUUCAGCAUCUAGCUGGGAAGUAUCUCAAGAAUUACGUCUUUGUGGCUGUUGGGAUUGUUGGGAGUGCCUGCACAGACGUCGAGCAGACCAUUGUUGAAGUGCCCGGAAGGAAGAAGAGGGAUAUGCUCAUGGAAAUUUUGAACAAGUGCCCCAAUAAGAAUCCAAAGGGAAUUUUGGUGUUUCUGGAAACGAAGAAAGGUGCUGACUUCCUGGCAUCGUACUUGUCGGAGACAACCUUCCCGACGACCUCAAUUCACAGUGAUCGCCUGCAGAAGGAACGUGAAAUGGCGCUGGGGGAUUUCAAGAGUGGCCGUAUGGGGAUAAUGAUUGCUACAUCCGUGGCUGCACGUGGUCUGGACAUCCCGAAUGUGCAGCACGUGAUUAACUUUGAUAUGCCCAAGUCGAUUGAUGAGUACGUCCACAGGAUUGGGCGUACGGGACGUUUGGGGAAUCGUGGACAAGCCACGAGUUUCUUUGAUUCGGAGAAAGAUUCGGACAUUGGUGCGAAGUUGGUGACUAUCCUGGGACAGGCAAAUCAACCAAUUCCGGACUUUCUUGAGCAAUACGGCGGAGGGAUGUCUGCUGGACGUGGAGGAACAUUCGGAGGGACGGAUAUUCGAAAGGAUGAUUUCCGCAAAGGGGGUGGUCCGGCUCCACAGGAAGAAGAUGAGGAGUGGUAAUGCCGCCCCAAAUAUUCAGCAUUUAACACAGUUCAAUUCUUAUUCAUUUGACUUACAAUUUCAACGCAAAAAUAUGAAUUUUUUGAAUUUUUUUCUCUACUCAAAUUACUUUUUUUUUUAAAGAAAAGAUUUAUUAAUAAUGUUAUUCUCAAACUUGAAGUCUCUUACCUGUGAUAUCCGUUGUAUUAGGGAUAGUGUUUUACGAAUAGAGAGAGUAUAGCUAUUCACUAAUUGAGAUAUCAAUAAAGGUAUUUUUCGAAUAA